AGGAGGCCAGUGUUGGUCGGCCGCAUGUGUUCCUUGUUUGUGUGGCUCGCUCGCGCGUAGGAUAUUUUUUCAGUGUGCGUUCGUCUUGCUUUUUGGCUGCGUCUGCCUUUGAAGCGUUUGAUGCUGCAUUGCACGAGUGUGCGUGUGUGUUCCUAUUUCCUUUGUGCCUGUGUUGCGGCAGAAACAGCAGCGCCGAAGCGCCCGGAUACUCCGAGCCGCUCGUGCCCGUACUCACCGCAAGACCUCGCGUUCUGCCGUUUUCUACCGUCGUACCUACGACUUCUGCAGUAUUAGGUACCCACCUUCUAUGGAAUAGCUCGUAUCAACGCCUGGAUGCACAAUUAAGAUGUUCCUGAGGCUACUAUGUUGCUGACGUCACCAGAAGGCUUGUGACGAUGGCGUCUGUAAGAUUGCUCAAUUCGUCUGACCUCUACAGCUCACCGCACCACCUCAACGGCAGUUACCACGGCACCGCUUCGAACGAACGCUCGAGGACGCCCAAGAAUGACCUGGAGGUGAUCGAGACGAGCCACGCGGUUCGGCUGCAGCAGGAGAAGCCGCACCUGGUGAGCCUCGGCGGAGGAAGGCUCAGCACGUCCGUCACCAUACACCCGCUCCCUGAAGGAAAGACAAGAAUAGGAAGGAAUGAUGCUCCUGUGCUACAGGACAUUGUGGUUCACGGGCCAGCUGUUGAGGCUGAACAUUGUUACAUCCAGAAUGAAUCUGGAAAAGUUACCCUGCAUCCCCUUGGAAAAGUGAUAUCCAUAGAUGGAAUGGCAAUUACCGAGCCAUCCAGGCUACAUCAGGGCUGCAUGAUUUGCAUCGGAAGGUCAAACUUUUUUCGCUUUAACCAUCCUGAGGAAGCCGAGAGUCUCAAGAAAGACCCUCUCCCAAAUGCGAGGCUACCACCCAUGUCUAAUAGCUUUCGUCCAGUAACGGAACCUCCUGUCCGUUUUGUGGGCAAUCCUGGUGCACCUUCCCCAGCUUCAUUUGACAUGGACAACAGUGUCGAUUUUGUCGAGAAGGUCUCAAAAUUCGAGUUCCUCACCCACAAUCGGUCACCACCGGUCGCCUCAUCUGAGAGUCCUCGCUGGUUUGUUCGGGAUGGGAUAAGGGUGUCGGCAUCGCCUCCUUCACGAGCUUGCGAGCAGUCACCUUCCCUGCGGGGCCCUCCGAGCAAGCCAGCUCCUCGCUUCACCCCAACACCUCCCCUGUCAUCCUCGCCCAAGUCACCAAAGUCUCCCCGGGUGAGCGCGUUGUCUGGCCGGGCGAGCCCCUUGGUGGCCGGUGGCCGCUGCACCCCCACAUCGCCACGCUUGGGCCACCGUGUAGCCAGCCACGAAGACAUACGUGCCUGUGAGGUGGAGUUGACUCAACAGCAUCGCAGGGCAGUGGCUGAGCGCUUGCGAGACCAGGAGCAGGAGCGUCAGGAGCGCCAGCGCCUUGAGGAGAUCCUCUCACUAUGUGCUGAGUAUGAGCGCAAAGUGCAGGCUGCAGGACCCAAGGACAAGAAGCUGCAGAGAAGCCCCCCCUCCUCAGACUCCGGUACCGAGGAUGUCACCUCGCCACCGGGCUCUGGAAGCGAGUCUUCUUCAGCUCCUGAUGACACUAGCAAGACAUCUGAGUCCUCCAGUGGGAGUGGCGUCUCGGCCGAUGACGACAAGCCGGGGCUACAGCGCAACGACACUGUCAUUCGUCGGCCUAGUGGUAAGCAGCUGCCAGAGUGUCCUACUGUCGUCAAGCCUGUCCCGGUUCUGGCUGCGAGGCCGGUUCCCGCCCCUCGGUCUCAGAGCAGCCUGUCUGAAGCAGUGCACAAGUCGCCGGAGUGCAAAGCGCUGCCACCGCCUCCUCCUCCUCCCGCAGAAGAAGUGGUAACAGUUGGAGCAGUGGCUAUUUCUGGGACAGGCACGUCCCCUCCGGGACCAGUUCUGGUCCACCACCAAAACCGCAUCAAGACCAAUGGCUCUCUAGCUCCCACUGAAGUGGAUGGGAAGAGGGUCAACCGCAUGCUGGCAGAUGGGAAUGUCUUGUCGGAUGGGAUGCUUACUGUGGCCCCCAAGAAAGUGAAUGUCACCUCGUCGGAGGAUGAACUGUCAAACAUCCUUGGUGGAGGAGGAUCGAGGGGUCUGUCCAACCACGCAGGCUCCGGCUUGUCAAGCCCGCGAUCUGAUGGUACCGCCUUGGCUGGUGAGAAGACGCCAGUGCCUGCGUUGGCCUAUCCACAAUCUCCGCGCACCCGCAUUCGCACUGUGGCGACGCUAGAACGCUCGCCCGAAGUCUUUGAGAAUCCCCUUGCUUGGAAGGAGCUGGCUUCAGCUCAUGGUGGGAAGGCCCUGACACCUCCUGCUACCAUUGUGCCACCCAUCUUUGAAGACAUACCAGUUCUUAAAGAUUUGCCACAGCAACACUCACUCCCAAGGAAGCUGCCUGAGCGUGGAGGUUCCCUCAACAUCCGCAAGGCUUCGGAAGAGUCCAGAGUUCCUCUGCGAAGGGUAAGGUCAAGCUCUGAUGACAUCAGUCUGUUAAAGAGGCAGCGUGAGGAUUCGUUCCAGCAAAUAGCGAAGCUCAAGAAGGACAUGUUCACUCUAGAAGCACGGGCUAAUGAAGGGAUGAGAGAGCUGGAGCUGGAACAUGCAUUGCUAACGGGUGAGCUGACCGAUGCUCAAGCUUGUCAGAAGUCAGACUUCGCUAUCCUAGAGGAGAUCCAGGAAGAAGAAAGACGACUCAGCCAACAGGCUGAUUUAGAUCGGGAACAGGAGCAGCUGCAGCUGGAGGUGUCGCGCGGCCGCAUUGAGCAGUGGGAGCAGCUGACGCAGGAGCUGCAUGAGGUGCUCGAAGAGGCCGGGUCCCUGUCCCGCCGGCCCGAGUUGGAGGAGCGCUACCGGCGCGAGCUCGAGGGGCUUGACGGUGAAAGGAGGGCCUUUGAGGACCUCGAGUUCCGCCAGCUUGAGCGCCAGGCGCGCCGCGAGGAGGAGCGCGAGGCACUCGUGGCACGUGCUGACCGUGUUCGUCAGAACCUGCGUGACCGGCAGUUGAGAAUUCGCGAGCUCUUGGAGCAGCAGAAGACGGUGCAAAUGCAAAUCGAACAGGAGCGGUCCAGCUCUGAGAUUGAGAAAAAGCUUGUACAAACUCAGCUGCAGCAGGAACAACGGAGGCUGGAACUCUUGGACCAGCAGCUGAGGAAUGCUACUCGCACCCCACAGCACAUCUCUUUGGACUCCAGUGAUGACAGUAGCUCUUCCGAUACAGAAAUGGGCUCUACACUGAAAAUAGGGAGCCAGAGCUCUUGGAAUAAGAACAUCCUGCUCCAAGUACCAGAUGCCACAGUGAACAGGCUCAGUGGCAAUGAGUCAAGCUUUACUGGCAUCGAGUCAGAGUCUUCAAGUAUCAUCAGCAGCAGUGAUCUUCCCAACGAAAGCGUGAGCAGCAGCAGCGACGACCGGAGCCGACCUACCAGCGAACACGUGACCCAGGGCAUCGCACAGGUGCAUCAACAUGAGCGCAAUUUGCAACUGAAUUCUGACGACCGUUCAGGGUUGGUGUCCCGUUCAGGUGAUGACGCCAUACAUCACGAGAUACGCCGGCGAGAAAAACAGAAGGCUCAGAGGCCACUGACACGGUACCUGCCUGUUCGUGGUGCUGAGUGCGACCUGCGGCAGCAUGUGGAGUCUGCGGGUCACCAGGUCGAGCUGUGCCCACAUGUGCAGCUCACGUCAUCCUCCUGCCGUGGCUAUCUGCACAAGCUGGGUGGCAAGUGGCGCUCGUGGAAGAAGCGCUGGUUUGUCUUUGACCGUAAUCGCCGGGCCCUCGUGUACUUCAGCGACAAGAGUGAAAGCAAGCUGAAAGGUGGCGUGCCAUUUCAGGCCAUUGAAGAGGUCUAUGUGGACCACUUGCACUCUGUCAAGAGUCCCAAUCCACGUGUGACAUUCUGUGUCAAGACAUAUGAGCGCACCUUCCACCUAAUGGCGCCCACGGCUGAGGCCAUGCGUAUAUGGGUUGAUGUCAUCUUCACUGGUGCUGAAGGCUACCUUGAAUUCCUCAGUGAGGCCGACAUCGCGCCUGCUAGCCGUUCCAGGCACAAGUUCAAGGACUGAACAGUCUCCUUCACUUCAUUGGCCUUGGCAGUGCCAAGGCUGGAGUUCAAGGGUGUCACAGUGUGACAUGCAGAGGAGAUGCCUUGCCCGGUUAUCAUCUAUGACAACUGAAGCCAACGAAGUCCCAGGCUCCUUCUUCUGUAGAGGGAAAAUGUGACAGCUACCCCUUUUGUACUCUGCAUGAUACGCUUGUUCAGCCUCAAGGGAAGCCUACACCAACUAUAUUCGAACUUUGGCGAGGGACAAACCAGCCAACAGAGUGCUGCAUGGUGGCAGUCAUGAGCAAAGGAAGAAAAAUUGAGCGUGUUCGAUCUUCAGCGAUAGUUUGGCAAACUAGUCUCACAUCAUCAAAAGGAAAACCUGAGCAUUGAACUCGGUUUGUCAGCAGGAGCAUUUGUUGAUUAUGUGAGUGUAUGUUUCCCUGUUGUAUACAUUGGCAGCAAUGUCCGUUGAUAUCAUGGAUGUGAAUUUUCUGUCAUUGCACUUGGUGUAAUUUUCAGAAGUUUUCAUGUUCAUAUUUCAGUGUAAAUCAUUUUGUUCUAUGUGUGUGUGUGUGUGUCUGUGUGUGUCUGUUUGCUUGUUUCUUUUGACUCUUUAAGUUGCUCUGUUUAUGACUUCAGUCAUCCCAUGCUAAGUGUCACUGAAUAAUUAUAAGGAACUACCACAAAAGUUAAAACUAAACCACAUUUUCGAGCUGCGCUCAAUCAAGGUACGCAUUAUAUUUUUGCUUAAGAUUUCAAGCAGCUUGCAUUUUAUUUGCUGCCUAUGCAAAUGUUGCAUUCUGUGAAGUAGCUGUUCAAGAUUUAUAAUUUUUUUCUGUUGAACUGUAUAGCUUAGCUCAUUUCCAACAUUCAUGCAGUUCUCUUUCAUAAGUGCUCAUGACUUGUAGAAUGGUGUAUGAAACCACUGUAUCACAGAUAUCAGGCUCAUUAUAUUGAGUUGGUGCUUGUGCAUAUAAACAUAUCAAUUGGCAUCUUCUUACUAAAAUUUGGUUUUUGUUUAAUUAUGUGAUAGUCUCCCAAUAAAAUGAACCUCAAGGCAUGCUUAACAAGCCAUUUGGUCUGCUGUUGUAGGGGUUGAAGGACGGAUUUUGGGAUGGAAACAAAACUUGGGAGUAUUUAUUUUACAUUAUUUACAAGGAGGUGAGAGUCAAGUAACAGUCGUACAGUCAUUACGGGCCGGCAGCAACUCGGACGCUGCGGCCCGCGGCAAGAAGUUCGAGAGAGGUGAAUCAGGGAAUAAGGGAAUGCUCUGGUCUCUCUGGAAUGCUUCUUUUAAACCCUUCGAGGACUGGAAGUCGCGUCAUGUUCGACCAAUGGGAGAAUCCGCUCAGAUGACGCCAUUUUCAGCCAAUGGUUGGCGCCCGUAUCGCGUUGUCACACCCGGCGGCUAUCUGCGGUCUUGCCUCGCAGACUUGCAAUGCGCUUCUUCCAAGGCGGAGAAUGGGGGGGGGUGUGCUCAUGCUCCAUUGUCCGAGUGCCCACCUGCUCCCGGUGCUACGGCCGCGCAGCGGUAGCAAAUGUCUUCUUAAAGGCGAUGAAGAGGUACGCUUGGGCCUUCCCGGCACGUCCGGCUGUCACGGCGCAUUACCGCCGUCUUGGUUUGGCACCCACUUUACUUCCAACAAUGCCGUGCUAUCCCCUCGCUUUCUGGAAAAGUCAAGCAUUGAACAGUUCCUCGGCGGCACACGACCUGGGGGCCGCAAACCUGUUUGCACGUGUCUUGUGGCCUUCAACUUGUUUGCUCGGGCGCUCCUCUGGAAUGUGCUUUCCUGCUUCUACAUUCCUCAAUUAGCUGUGCUGCGAUUCGAUGUGGUCUGGGGAACUCGAAGUAGCCUCAAGAAACGGCGCCAUAUCUAAGACUGUCCAUACGCCCAGUUUUAAACAAAAUUAAAGAAUGCAAACAACUUUCACACUGAUUGUCAAAUCCGAUAAGUCUCCACUGCUACAUACCAAAAUGGCUGGGGUUGCAAGAGCAGCUUGUACUGUCGGUGCAUUGUUCUGAACAAAGUGAUAGUCAUCGAAAAAAAAGAAAAAGUAGAAAAUGAAGCAAUUGUUUUCACCUUGAGGACAGUGAUACUAUUCCAAAUCUUGCCACAACAGGAGCAAGGAACAAUAGGACAAUGACAAAAUGAUAAGGUCAUCAUGGAUUUGGCAGAGCAGUCGUAGCUAAGCUGAGUAAGCAUAAAGGCCAAACUACAUGCACAUGUGCUGGCACGCUAAAGCUCACGCCCACAUGCCUUACACAUGCGCAGAUGGUGUAGGACAGAUUGUACGCACCAAAGCGCGGCGGGAGCAUAGAUAUUUUCUCCAGUCAAAUAUCGGUGCUGUGGCUGCCUCACAAAAAUACAAAAUGGCGUCUGCUAAGGCGAAAAUGUGAGCCAAGUGCAUGCACGCUGGGGCACGUCUUGCAGGUUCAAACCACCAUUCCUAGCGAGGCACAGCAAGCGCAAGGCGUGUGGGUGCGAAAUUUCGCACACAGGCAAGCAUACAUGUAGUUUGACCUUUAGUGUUUCGAAGUGAAAACAUAUGAGCUAGGACCGCUGCGUGUAGACUAGUUUUGGAAACAGUCAGACUUGCAGUUCCUCAGGCUUGGGCUUCAUUUGGAUCUAAGCGGACAUGUUGGGUACACUAAUCCAAUUCUUGAGACACAUUACAAGCUCUCUGAUGAUAAACUUGAAGAGGCUGUCUCAAAAAUUGCAGGAAAACAAACAACUCCUUCACAGAGAAAGAAGUUUGGUGAUUUAGUGCAGUAGGACUGUGUUGCUACUGACCAGCUACUGGUAUUAUGCCUGCUACAAAAUGUGCCGCAAAUGGCUAUAGGUGGCAGGAACAGCAGUGAUAGUAUGGCAGCGCUACACUGAAGCACCAUUAUAGUGGUUAUGCUGGAAUUGUUUCCUUCGAAAGGAACUAUAGUACUUUAUUACUAGUGAUAACCAUGUGGACAAAGCCAGAAGGUGUUGUGCAUUAUCAUAAGCCAAACUUUUGAUAAGCUGAACUACGUUCGAUAGUUCCUUUGUGUUCACUUUAAUGGGAGACUACUGCGUAAUUUAUCACAAUGUCAGAGUUUUGAUUCGGCAAAAAGAAAAUUUUGUAGCAUUUCUUGCUUUUCCAUUUUGGUGCUUAAGCAGCUGAAUACAACAUUCGGCCCUUGCAACAAGUCACUGUAACCGUUAUACAAUUAUGAGUUACACUUUUUUUACAUUCUUACUGAUGCACGUUUAUUUUGCAACAUCUGUGUUCUACAAAUGAGUGCCUUUCUGCUUUGUGAUGUUUACUCUCUUUUUCAACUUAUUUCAUGCAAGGUGUAUGCUGCACUUUUGUAGAUGUGGUUACAUGCCACUUAUCAGUGUAGCAUUAGCAUCACAUCUUGCUGCAAUUUUCAUUAUAAGAUUCGGUUUGUCUAAAGGCUACUGUACCGUUGCCUGUGUAUGUUAUCAUUUUCUAAACUGUGUGGUUUUUACUGUGGGCAUUUAUUGCUGCUAUUUUGCAUUGCUUACAGUUGGAUAAGUAACCAGUUUUGCUUUGGAAAUGAAUCCAAAAUAAACUGAGAACCAUAAACUUUUAUUUAUGUUUACUUGUAUAUGCUGUACACCGUGCAGAGUUGCUUGUAUCUAAGUCAGAAGAAGUAUGACACUGACGCUUUGCAGUAAUGUUUUGUCAUGUGGAAUAUGUGUAAUGAGGAGUCAUGCUAUGAAUCAUGACAUCAAUUACCCCAAAGAGCUCUGCAUUGCAUUUCAUUAACAAAGCCAGCGAGCUUUGAACUUCAAUUUGUUUACAUCUUUACUGCUAACGCAAGGUAUGGUUAUGUAGCACUAUCAGAUCAUACAGUUUUCCAUCAUAAUAUAUUUCACUAUUGCUUCUUGGGCAUUACAUCUUUGCCAGAAAAUUAAGGCAGCUAAGACAUGUGAACUAUUACAUAACAGGUCUCAAAGCAAAGUUGCUAAUUACGCAGUUUUUGCCACCCUUGCAGUUACACCAAGCUGAAUCUAUGACUAGAAAAGGAAUGCUUUCACCAUAACAAUUUGAUGCAUUGUGGAAUAUUUUGUGCUAUCUGCUCCAUAGCAUUACAAUGUUGCUACAAGUGGCCCUUAUCUGACACCUCAAUACAUUGUUUCUACACCUUGUCUUUCAAGCACUUCAGUCCACCUUUACUGAACUUGCUUUGUUUGGCUGUACAGCCCAGCAGCAUCACCAAAAAUGUUCAAGGUAGCCGCAAGACUCAUUAAAAGCAGCGCACUGAUAGAUAGCCAAUGCUCACAUAUCAAGGAGGAGCAUUCGUUGUGAUCACACAUGGCUGCCAACUGCUGUGCUAGUAGGAACAGUCCUCUGCAGGCACACAGUAGCCUAGAGGAUAGCAGUGCAGCAAGAAGUUAUAAGCUGAGUGCAUGCAGUAUACUGCAAUAUUAUGCUGGUAACCAGAAUGUCUCAAAGCAGAUUCUACCAAUGGUAUCAUAACUGGUAGCUAGAAGAUUGAAUCUGGUUCAAAACUAUGAUACUGGCUUGGCAUAUUAUUCUAGACAAUAUGUAUAUUAGAUAACGAUUGAUCGCAAGGUGUUUUAAAAAAAAAAUCUACCUAUUGGCAGCCUUUAGGAAUUUCUGCUGCUUUGCACUUAUGGCAGCUUUUCUGUCUGCAUAAACCUAGGAGUGCUCACACAAGCAUUGCAUUAUGCUAGAGUUCACACCAGGCAUCUGUGUAGUGCUGCUAGAGCACAGCAACUACUUCGUCCGUUUCAAGUGUUUUACAAUACCUUAUACUGAGUCACAAAGAAACCUAUAAAAAAUCUUUUCUGGUGCUGUAUUCCUGCUCUUUAUAUUGCUUUGUGAAUUGCGGUCAGCUAAGCAAGGCCCGUCAGCACACCACUUCACUUGGCGAACAUGCCAUGCGAGUGCAAAGAAGCAGGUGCUUAAAAUUUGUUUACGAGUUAUUCGAACACGACUGUCACAAUUCCAUAAAUAUGUUGCCCAGGGCUGUACGUUUUUUUUUUUUUUUGCAAGUUGUGUGAGCAGGUUGGCAUUGUGCGAGAGCCCCCUUAAUACCUACUGCAUACAUCUAAGUCAGAAAAGUGUACAGUACAUCUACUUGCUUUGUCUAUUAGUGGUACAUGUUUAACGUUAGUCAAUGUUUUUUAUUGUUCCUUUGAUCACAAAUGUCAGUUGAUAAUUAGCUUUGUAGAUAGCUUGACAAUGUGGAAACUUAAAAACAGCACUCAAGAUUCACUGACAAACAUCAACAAAUAGUUUUGGUUUGCUACGUUUGUAAUUGUGAAUCACUGUUUUGUCGGCAUUCUUGGGUCCAGACAUUUAACAUUGUUUUUUGUGUAGUAUUUCUAUGUGUUUUUGCCCAUUAAUCAACCUUCAUGAAUACCUUUCAUGCAGCAGUUAGUGUUGCAGAAAUUUGCACUUUUGAAUCUAGUUGGCACACCUGUGCCCUUAUACAAAGGAGAACACCUUUGAAGUUGUGUUACCACUAAAAAAGCAGUGCAUUAAAGAUGUUCAUCUGUGCCAGUCUCAUGCCUUGUCAGCAUGAAACUGCACCACUUCCAUUACUCUUUAAUGCUGUGCUGUGCUCUUUGAAGUGCAUUUGUACAUCUUUGUGCAUUGUUCCUUUCAUUGUAACAAAGCCUGUAAUGCUUUAUAUCACCAUGUUUACUAUGUGAAAACAUGCUUACAUUCAAUAUGUGCAUGUGACUCUGAAUGAUUGGUUUGUGUAAUUUUGUGUUCACAACCUUUCUGCAUUGCCAUUCACUGCAAAGAACUGGCAUUCCUUCCCUUUAUCUUUUUUUUUUAUUUCGUCUCAGCUUGAGCAGUCAAGCUAGAGUUGUAUUUUCAUGGCAAAUGUAAAGCAAUUAAACCAGCAGCAGUUGAGUUGCCAUGACUACUGCUCCCUGGCUGAUACAGUGCCAGAUAGCAACAUGGGUGCCUUGAGGUCAAUCUUUUUGUUAUUCCAGACCAAUUUGUCCUGUAGUAAAGCACUUGGUGUGGCAGUUAUGGCACUUUGAUAAGUUGAUUCCAGGCAUUUCUUUCUCGAAGCUGACAAAUUUCUAUUGCCAGACUUGUAGACCUCAUUGUAACAAACAAAAAAAAAGAAAAAGUGAUUUUAUGUAAAAGCUACUUCUGUUAAUUGUAGGUUCAGUGUUUUGAUGCUUUAGGCUGCAGGAAUGUUGCUUUGUGGCCAAAUCUGCCUCUGAGUGGGUAGUGCAUAAUGGUAAAGGAGACAUAUCUUUCUCUACUCUUACAGCAGCAUCCAAAGUGCUUUGCACAUGGGGCAGAAUUUGUAUAGCGUGCAUUAUUUGCAUGCAUGUUGCACCCAGGGAUCACAUAUACAUGCUUGUAUAAUGGUUCACCUUUGGGAUGGAAUCGAAGCCCAGGCCUUGUGCAUUCCCUUGAGUUUGCUGUUUACACAGCACUUGUCUCCUUGGCAUCAAAAAGCAUCGACUUAACUGGUGCUUAUGGCUGAAGGUAAGAGACCUCUGUGAAUGAUAGCAAGGCACUUGGCUGGUAAUUAUCAUCAUAUCACAUUUCACUACUUGUCUACUGUAACAUUUUGAUACAUUAUCAUAAAAGUGGCUGUUAAUAUUUGCUCUCCCUCUCAUGUGAGCUUUUGACUUUCUCAUAUGUGGACAAGUCUGCGGAACAUUUAAGUAUAUACACACAAACAUACCACUUUCAGUGUCUGUUCCUAAGUACGCAACAGUCCAGGUAAGUGCAGCAGGCAGAGUAUGUGGCCCAUUGGUGGACGAGCACCCACAUCUGCUAGCUAGCUCUCGAAUGUUGCAUCACAUGUAUGUAUAAUUGUUGUACGCCCCCUUGUGAACAGUAGGUUUUAGAGCAUAUUACACACUGUUUUAAACAGUUGCUUAGAACCGCUCGGGUUUGCAGGUAACUGAAGGUGCCAUUGAUGCUAGACAUUUUUUUAAAAGAAAUUUAAGUCUAGUUAGCAAGUUGUGGUCACUUUUGUUUGUGUACCAUUGUGGUCCUCAUUGUUAACUUCUAAGUUCUCAGCUUGUCAGUGGCCGAGACAUAGUAGCCCAUAGCUUGCCUACUUCUUUUGUUCGAAGUGUAUGUGUCCUCACAUUGAUGUACCAUCCAAAAAGCUUUCUUUCAUUGAGCUGUAGUGUGGUUGAUCACACACGUUUGUUUUGUAGUAGUGCUGCACAUGGAAAUAAAACUUAAGAACUGGU